AUGGCCAACUACUACGAGGUGCUGGGCGUACCCACCAACGCCUCCCCUGAGGACAUCAAGAAGGCAUACCGCAAGCUGGCCUUGCGCUGGCACCCGGACAAGAACCCCAACAACAAGGAGGAGGCCGAGAAGAAGUUCAAGCAGGUGUCGGAGGCCUACGAGGUGCUGUCGGACUCCAAGCGACGCCUGGUGUACGACCGGGCCGGCUGCAGCGAGUCCUGGCGGGCGGGCGGGGCCGGGCCCCCGUGCGGCGGCCCCUUCGGCGGCGGCUACACCUUCCGCAACCCCGAGGACAUCUUCCGGGAGUUCUUCGGGGGCCUGGACCCCUUCUCCUUUGACUUCUGGGAGGCCCCUUUCGGCAGCGCGCGGGGCCGGGGGCACGGCCUGCGGGGGGCCUUCGCGGCGGGCUUCGGGGAGUUCCCGGCCUUCAUGGAGGCCUUCUCCUCCUUCGACUCGCUGGGCCACGGCGGGGGCGGCCGCACCACCUUCUCGUCCACGUCCUUCGGGGGCUCGGGGGCCGGCAGCUCCGGCUUCAAGUCUGUGAUGUCCUCCACAGAGAUGGUCAACGGACACAAGGUCACCACCAAGCGCAUCUUGGAGAACGGGCAGGAGCGGGUGGAGGUGGAGGAGGACGGGCAGCUCACCUCGGUGACCAUCAACGGCAAGGAGCAGCUGAAGAGGGUGGACAGCAAGUGA